CUUUCAGAUUACUCAUGCGCCCUUGUAAAGAACAAAAAUGGUCUCCUCCUUUUGGGACGAAUGUACAUAACAGAAAAAUGGAUUUGUUUUUAUUCCAAAAUCAUUUAUGAGCUGAAGCUCCACAUAUCGGUUGACGACGUUCAGACUGUGUCAAAAGCCAAGACGGCUCGCCUCAUUCCAAACGCCAUUCAAAUAACACUUAAGUCGAACAACGAGAGAUACUUCUUUACGUCUUUUGCAUCUCGCGAGAGAACUUUCGCCAUCCUCAAAAAAGUCUGUGAAAACAGUAGAAACGGUGGUGUAAGUUCUUCCAAUUUUUUGGUCUAUGAAAGUUCAUUUGUAGUUGGCACCUGUCGGGAUUCCUUCAAAUUCGUUGGUUCAAAGAUUCUGUUCCGUGUUAUCAAGGGGCAAUUUUAUUUAGAUAACUGGUCUGUUACAUGUUCGGACCUGCUUUCAUUGCUUAUGCAAAUCACUAGUGCAUACGGCCUAUAA